AUGGCUGAAUCAGAAAUCACAAGUGGUGAUGAUGCUAAAGAUGUCGGAAGUUCUUCUGGUGUUGAAAAUACAAAACAAGAAAAACAGUUUCCAAAGUGGAAAUGCACUGAAAAAUCAACAAAGCACAGAAAAUUGUUGCUAAAGUUGAUAGAAUAUGACCGUGAUCCCAAUGUCAAGGUUGAAAAUGUGGGCGAUGUACGUGUAAUUUUCUCAGACGAGUUUUGCAUCGGCAAAGGAAAUAAUGAAACCCGUGUUUAUCUUGGACUGAGAAAGGAUGGUUUCGGCAAAGCAGUGAAACGAAUACGUCGAGAUAACUGCUUCAAGGAUGCACUGCAAGAAAAGGAAAUUUUAAAUGAUUUCAACGCAAAAAAGUCGAGAUAUGUUGUAAACUAUUCCAACAUAGAAGAUGAAAUUGGAUCAGAAUAUGUUUAUUUGAUAUUAGACUUAUGUGAAGAAUCGCUGGAGAAUUUUCCAUCCAAUGUUCUCCGAGACUCACAAAGCAAAUUUCUCAUAGCUGACUUUGGUAUCAGUCGAAUAUUAAACAAUGGUUAUAAGACAUAUAAAAGCAAGGGUAACAUGGGAACUGAGGAUUGGAUUGCUCCUGAAUCAUACUGUGAAGAUAAUGAUUCAGUCGAUAAAGGACGAUACAAAAAAGACCGCGUUUUCAUUAUUGUAGAAUGCAGGGAUGGUGGCUUAUUAUGUUGCAACAAAAGGAAACAUCCUUUGGAAAUAAGCCGAGAGACUGACAACAUGUUGAAUGGGAAACCUGUUGGCUUGGACAAAAUCAAGGAUGAGACACUGAAUGAUCUUCUUUUGUGGAUGUUAAAUCUAAAACCUGAAGAUCGUCCAUCUGCCAUUCAAGCGUUAAAACACCCAUUUCUUAUGUCAGAUGACGAUAAGUUUGACUUUCUAUGUAAAGUUGGAAACCAACAGCCAAUAAAGACAAGCGAUAACGAGUCAAGUGUCGUCAAACAAUUAAAUAGCAAGUAUUCAAAUUGGGAAAGUUUUAUAGACAUUGAUGUAUAUGAUUAUUUAAGAACAGACGAGGAAAAGGGAAAAAUGAAAACUUAUGGUCCUUCAUUGACAAAAUGCCUGAGACUAAUUCGAAAUGUAGGCCAACAUUGGUACGAUCGACCACAGCCAAGACCACAACCAUUUUAUAAGAUUGGCGAUCACAAGGCAUUUUUUCUCAAGACAUUUCCCAAUCUCCCUGCUUGGGUGCAUGCUGCUGUGAGGUCAAAUGAAGAAUUUAGAAACUAUGAAGAACUCGAGAACUUUUUCAAUGAAAGCAAACCACAUCAGUAA